AAUAAUUCGAAUUAACGGGAAUCCAGGAGAAAAUAACGUCGGUUCAGGACCGGCUUACUUCAGAGAUUCGGUGAAACAGCCUCGGACGGGAGCGUCGGUCGCAGCGGUGCGUCGGGCGUCUGCUACGGAAGAGAGCAGACGACAAAGGCCUUUCUCUCCACGGGACGCGUCUCGCAUCGCCCCACCGGCCCUGACGUCAACUUCCGGAGAGAGCGGCCAAUCCCGUCCAUGGACAGGUUGUUUUUUCGAAAGCGGCAGCACCCGAUUGGUGCGAGCGCGACGUCAUCAGUGACGUCGGCAGCGAGGAGGGCUCGGCGACGCCGGCCGCAUAUAUACGAGCGGCACGGUGCGCCGCGUUCAGUCGUACGCCUUGUAAAGGACACCAAAGGUGGCGGCUCUGCCGUCUUUCGCGUUGUAACCCACCUGCCAAAAAAUAAGUGAAAAUAUAUGUACAGUAGCCGUAACCUCAGUCGAGCCGUCCAAGUGUAUCUGUGUGCACCCCGAGUCAUCGUCGUCGUUGUGGCUGUUGUGUGAUUGUUUGCGCCUGGUGAGUCGUCGUCUCCCUGUGAUCUCCGUAGUGAGCGUCGUCAGCUGGUCCCUGCGCCGCAGCGAUCGCCAUAUUGGAUAGUCAGCGCUAGGCCUACCGCUACAAGCGAGUCGCUUGCCCCGGCCGAAGGAGGUCCGUGGUGGAAUCAAAGUGGCUCGUGCUCGGUUACCGGUCAAAGUGUGCUCCCCACCUUGCUGUUGGCUUGGCCACUGCUGGACUCGAAGCUCAUCAUGAGACUGGAGAUACGAAGUGCGUCCGACUUCCUCAUGAAUAUUCUUCGGCUCGGUCGGAACCUGGAUUCCCGACUGCUCGACGUGUUCCGAGGAACCUUAGAGGACUUGUUGCGGCACCACUACCAGCACCACUGGUUUCCCGAGAAGCCGUCUAAGGGCUCGGGCUACCGCUGCAUCCGAAUCAACCACAAGAUGGACCCGAUCCUGGCCAAGGCUGGCCGCGCCUGCGGCCUCCAAGAAGCUAGUCUGCGCGAGCUGCUGCCCAACGAGCUGACGCUCUGGGUCGACCCGCGCGAGGUCUCGUAUCGCAUUGGCGAGAACGGCUCCAUCUGCGUGCUGUACGACGGCGGCCACCACGCGUCCAUCAGCAACAGCAGCAGCAGCAGCAACAGUAGCGCGAGCAGCCACAGCCUCGGCGGCGGCAACAACAACCACUACUCGCUGCUCACCAACUCGCCGCAGGGCGCGCUCUCCUACCACCACCAGCACAACAAUCACCUGAACAACCACCACCACCAUCAUCACUACGCGGGCUUCGAGCGGAUCGCGGCGCGGCCCGUGGGCUGCAAGGGCUCGUGGGACGCCGACCCGCGGAACAUCAACUUCGAGCCCAUGGCCACGUACGUGUCGAGCUAAGAGCGCUUCUCCUAUGUGUGACAAGAGACAGACUGCCAAAAUGUGCGCGCUUCAGUGCGUUUGAGGGUUGGGGCCGGUGGGCUGCGUGUGUCGCAGCCGCGCCGACGCCGCCACUCCGCGAUUCCGAUGGUUGAUGACGCCGCCUCCCGUGUGACGCCCGUCGGCUCCUCGGCUCCCGGCACACCGCGGUCGCACGGCCGCCUGCGGGGUCUCCUCGGCGAGCCCGGUGGUGUGUGUGCGUGCGCGCCUCGUCAAGAGAAGAAAGCCGCCGGUCCUCGAUUACCUCCGCAGCGUCGCUAUCGCCGGGCAGCGACUGCGGGCGCUGUCGGAGCGCACCGGUGCGGUCGUUGGCAGGCAGCCCUGCGUGGUGCAGAGAAAAAGGAAAGAAAAAAAAAAGAACGAAAAAACGUGCCGUGUUCGUCGUUCAGUGCGAGACCGCCGGCGGCUUUCUUCUUCUUCUCGUCUUGCGACUUCGCGCAUCCCUCGUCGGCGGCUCCGAAACGCCGCCGUGCGACUGCGGUAGCCGGAGUCGAGGAGCACGGCUGUUUGCGAGAGCGAUCGUCUCCGGAUCGGUUCGAGUGCGCCCCGUCGACCAAGCGACCCCGACUUGACCAUCAGUUCCGGUGACGACGGGGCGCCCUGCGCAGUGGUGGUCAGCCCGCCUCCCAACCUAGCGCCUCCUUCGCUUGGCCAGGGCGGGAGGUAUGGUACAAUGUGAUCUCGUUAAAAAAAGCAAAACACAAACUUUUUUUAUUUUGUUCUUUCAGAAGAAGGCCCUUCUUCGAAGUUUUUUUUUUUUUUUUUCCCUCGAGUCUUGUAAACCCCGUCGUCGUAGUUGAUGCGUGCUUCACCGGGGAAAAAAAAGAGAGAGAGACUUGACUGUUGAAAGAGGCACCAACUACGGCGACGCGAGGUCAUCCUCGUCCCGUCAACGUCUCCACCCAGUGUUUUCGGUUUAUUUUUUUUUUAGAGCUUUUAUUUAAGUGAACGCGUGAAGAAAAAAGAAGUGCUCUUCCUGUCCUUCUCACCCCCAGUUUUUUUAUAUAUAAUUAUGUAUAUGUGUGUAUAGUAAUGACAGCCACUACACGACAAGUUAAAAACAAACUUUCGUAGCGGCGAGAGGCGAUAAAAAAACAAACUCGUGUAGGCGAUUGUACAAAACGAAGCAAAAUGCCAACAAAAAAACCCCACACACACAAAGUGUUUCGAGAGUCAGGGGCAAAAGUGACGCGUUUGAAAGGCAACGACAGACUGCUGUUUGGAAUGUGUAUAUCACUGUCUCUCUCAAAGUCGGAGCAAUCACGUUUUUUGUGUGUUCGUGUGUACACAACCUGGAAGUACAAGUUUUUUCAGGGACCAUUGCCCCCGAAAUGCCCAUAUUUUUUUUUCUUCAGAGGAAAAACAACAUCAAAGAGAAUGCGCAGAAACAAAGAGAGGGAAAAAAAAUAUAUAUUCGCGAUGUCCACAAAGCAGCAUUGACAAAUAGAAAUACAGGGAAAUAUAAUAUCGUCAAUAAGCAAAGUAUGUGUACUGUGUAGGCCAAGUUGGGCGAGGUGUCUUAAAGGUUAAAAGGAGUCGAAAUUGUAAUGGCAUAAUUAUACACAAGCCUAGCCGGUCAGUCAAGCACUUUCGAAUGUCCCUUUUGUAACCGACUUUGUUUCUUGUGGCUGCUGCCCGAGUUCGAGAAAUUGCAUUGGAUGUUUUAAAAAAAAUGGUAAAAGCCCUCCGAUUAAUUCGAAGAUCCUCGCUUGGUUUUAAGUAAUUAGACAGAAAAAGAACUUGUUAUUCUGCUGCUAUGUUUUUAAAUUGGGGUGGGCGAGAGAGUUUUCUGCAUUUGUCUCUGUGUAACGCUUUUUUUUUUCUUCACAUUUUUUUAAUGGCCUCAAUUUUUUUUUUUCCUUUUUCGUGUAUCGAUUGUCCCCCCCCCCUCCGAGUAACUCUUCGCCGACACCACUGUUAGUUACUCUUACCAACCACUGUGAUCGCUGCCGCUACAGCCAUCAUUAUUACGUCGUCGUCGUCUCACUGCGGUUAUUGAAAAAAAUGACACAUGCAUACACCCUAUCGCAUUCUGUUUUGUUCAGUCUGUGCAAAAAACAAAAAACCAGAACUCGGUUUUGUAACUGGUCACUGAAUUUCUUUUUUCACAGAGUAUUUUUUUUCGACUCCAGCAGCGUCUUCGACAAGAUGCUGAAGUAUUACUGCCCUGCCUAACUGUUACUUAUGUAUAGCUUACUUUACUAUUGUCACUUUUAGUCUGGCCGCGUGCCUGUCUGUGCUAAUCCGAGAUUGGAUAUUUACCGGUGACUAUAAGGAAGUCAAUGUCUUCAUGGUUGGGUUCUGUCGUGGCAAUUGUUCACUGAGCGUUUUGAUAGAAAGGCUUCGUAAAGAAUUGGCGAGAUGGCUUCAGGAUGGUUUCACUGGAUCAUACUAUCCAUUUUCGCAUUUUUUUUUCUUAAUUCUGUGCGAUACCUUUUUUUUUUACAUGCUCGAUCAGGAUGCACCGGCAGUACCCAGCCUCGAAAAAAGUGUGUUGGAAUUGUGUUUCUUCUACGCAGUGUUCUGUAAAGAAGCCAUCUGUUGUUUUUUUUUUUCUUUUCUUAGUGCUCGAUCCCUGUACAUUGUUUUGUCAUUCUAAACUCCCAAAAUGUUCUCUUCGCAAGCCUAUCUCCGGUGAUCGCUCCACUCGCAUGAUGACCAGUCAAAAAGCAAAGAAAUUGGCUCUUUGUUGUGUUAUUUUUUUCGUCUUCCUUGCCAUGCGACUUUCUGUAUAAUUUCUUUUCUUUCGGUAGAAAACAAACAAAUUAUAGAGACUGUAUAAAUGAGCGUAAAUGAGAAGAAAUGUCUUAACAAACGUGAUUGAUGAGAGUUCUCGAAACACAUUGUUGUUUUAAUUUUUUUUUAUCGCGCAUUAUUUACAAAGCCACAUGUUCAUCAACCACAAACACCACACACAUCGUGCGUCGUCGUCAACCCUCGUAUGACUGAAACUGCAUUUUGCCAGUUUGUCUUGUAAAGAUUCAUUUUUUCUUCUUAUUUUUUUCUCUCUGUCUUGUAAAAAGGAAAGCUGUAUAAAGGCAUUAUGUAAAUGUACAGUCGUACAACUAUAGGAGAUUUUUUUGUACAGUAAAUAAAUCUCGUGGAUGCAUUGAA